AAGUGAGCGAAGUGUAGUGGAAUUUAGUUUCCAUUAGUGGGAGUUGAGCAAGAGCUGGCUAACAGCUAGUCUGCUAUACUCACCCGGGCUUAGAGGAGAGGCCACAUUCUCUGAGUGAUGAAAACAUGCCUCACUUCACAGUGGUACCGGUGAAGGAUCAAGCUCAGACCAGCUAUGACAGCCUGGAGGGGGUAAACUGGGUGGAUUACAGAGACACAGGACAGGAAUACCCUGAUCAUGAAGAAACUGUCAGCUCUGAUGGACAUGGGAACCACAAAGAGAACAGCCCAUUUCUCAACAGUGCUGAUGCUGCUACCAGGAACAGUGACUUCUAUGACAGGAACCUGGCCUUGUUUGAGGAAGAGCUGGACAUCCGGCCCAAGGUUUCAUCUCUGCUCAGUCGCUUGGUCAGCUACACCAACAUCACCCAGGGAGCCAAAGAGCACGAGGAGGAAGAGAGUGCAGAGGCCUCGCGAAGGAAGACUCCCAAGUCUCCCAGCAUGGGCACUCUGAUGGGGGUCUACCUGCCAUGUCUCCAGAACAUCUUCGGUGUCAUUCUUUUUCUGCGACUGACAUGGAUUGUUGGGACGGCGGGCAUCAUACAGUCUUUAAUGAUUGUCCUCAUGUGCUGCUCAUGUACAAUGCUGACAGCGAUAUCAAUGAGUGCUAUUGCUACGAACGGGGUUGUUCCAGCUGGAGGGGCGUACUUCAUGAUCUCACGCUCGCUGGGUCCAGAGUUUGGAGGAGCUGUGGGACUAUGCUUCUACUUGGGAACCACCUUUGCUUCUGCUAUGUACAUACUGGGAGCCAUUGAAAUAUUCUUGAAAUAUCUUGUCCCCGAGGCGGCCAUCUUUCAUGCCACAGACCCCCACGGGAGUGACAGCGCUAUGCUCAAUAACAUGCGGGUUUACGGCUCGGUCUGCCUCAGCCUGAUGGCUGUGGUAGUUUUCGUUGGUGUCAAAUAUGUUAACAAGCUGGCUUCUCUGUUCCUUGCCUGCGUCAUCAUCUCCAUUGUCUCCAUAUAUGCCGGAGCUCUGAAAUCCAUGACUCACCCACCAGAAUUCCCGAUCUGCAUGCUUGGUAAUAGGACUUUGGUGAGGGAUCUUUUUGAUGUGUGUGCAAAGAUAGUGAUAAAAGGAAAUAUCACUGUUCCCAGUCAGCUGUGGGACAGGUUCUGCACGCCGGGGAACAUGAGCACCGCUCAGUGUGAUGAUUACUUCAUCCAGAACAAUGUGACAGAAAUACAAGGCAUCCCUGGACUAAGCAGUGGAAUUAUUAGAGACAACAUGUGGGGAGACUACCUGCAGAAAGGCGAGAUCUUAGAGAAGACAGGGCUCCAGUCAGUGGACAUCCAUGGUUCCUUGGAGAACUUUGGGAUGUAUGUCUCUGCAGAUCUCGCUACAUCAUUCACUGUUCUGGUGGGGAUCUUCUUUCCUUCUGCCACAGGUAUCAUGGCAGGAUCCAAUAGGUCUGGUGAUCUCCGUGAUGCUCAGAGGUCCAUCCCGGUUGGCACUAUUUUAGCUAUUACAACUACAUCACUUGUUUAUUUUAGUUCUGUUGUUCUGUUUGGGGCAUGUAUUGAAGGAGUUGUUCUGAGAGACAAGUUUGGGGAUGCAGUUAGAAACAACUUGGUGGUGGGAACUCUUUCCUGGCCCUCUCCUUGGGUCAUUGUCAUUGGUUCAUUCUUUUCUACAGUAGGAGCAGGUUUGCAGUCCCUCACCGGUGCACCCAGACUUUUACAGGCUAUUGCUAAGGAUAACAUCAUUCCUUUCCUCAGGGUGUUUGGUCAUGGAAAAAACAAUGGAGAGCCAACAUGGGCACUGCUGCUGACUGGUCUUAUAGCUGAGCUGGGCAUUCUUAUUGCCUCACUGGAUAUGGUGGCACCAAUUCUUUCCAUGUUCUUUUUAAUGUGUUAUCUGUUUGUGAACUUGGCCUGUGCAGUACAGACUCUGUUACGCACACCCAACUGGAGGCCACGAUUCAAAUAUUACCACUGGGCUCUGUCCUUCCUUGGCAUGAGUAUGUGCUUGGCUCUAAUGUUUAUCUCCUCCUGGUACUAUGCCAUUGUGGCCAUGGGCAUUGCUGGGAUGAUCUACAAGUACAUAGAGUACCAGGGAGCAGAAAAAGAGUGGGGAGACGGCAUAAGAGGACUAUCUCUUAGUGCUGCACGCUAUGCCCUUCUAAGGCUAGAGGUCGGACCCCCACACACCAAGAACUGGAGACCUCAGCUGCUGGUACUGCUCAAACUGGACGAGGAUCUCCAUGUAAAAUAUCCACGACUACUGACUUUUGCAUCACAGCUAAAGGCAGGAAAGGGCCUGACCAUUGUGGGUUCUGUCAUUCAAGGCAAUUUCCUGGACAGCUACGGAGAGAUGCAGGCGGCCGAACAGGCCAUCAAGAACAUGAUGGAGAUUGAGCGAGUCAAAGGUUUCUGUCAGGCUGUCGUGGCAUCGAAGGUGCGUGAAGGCAUCAUGCACCUGAUCCAAUCCUGUGGUCUGGGAGGUAUGAAACACAACACAGUGGUCAUGGGUUGGCCAUACGGCUGGAGACAGAGUGAGGAUCCUCGUGCCUGGAAGACCUUCAUCAACACAGUACGCUGCACCACAGCUGCCCACCUGGCACUCAUGGUACCCAAAAACGUGUCCUUUUACCCCAGCAACCAUGAACGCUUCACAGAUGGUAAUAUUGAUGUGUGGUGGAUCGUUCAUGAUGGGGGAAUGCUAAUGCUGCUGCCUUUCCUCCUGAAACAACACAAGGUUUGGCGGAAAUGUAAGAUGCGCAUCUUUACUGUCGCCCAGAUGGAUGACAACAGCAUCCAGAUGAAGAAAGAUCUGGCCACAUUCCUUUACCAGCUGAGAAUAGAGGCUGAAGUGGAGGUGGUGGAGAUGCAUGACAGCGACAUCUCAGCAUACACCUAUGAGCGGACCUUAAUGAUGGAGCAGAGGUCCCAAAUGUUGAGGCAAAUGAGGCUGUCCACUGCAGAAAGAAGACAGAGAGAAGCCCAGCUAGUGAAGGACAGGCACUCCUUGGUGCGUAUGGGCAGUCUGUACUCAGAUGAAGAUGAGGAGGUGUUGGAGAUUCCUCCAGAGAAGGUUCAGAUGACUUGGACUCGGGAGAAGUGUGAGGCUGAGAAAAGAAACAAGAACAAUGCACCGGAGAACUUCAGAGAGCUCAUCAGUCUCAAACCAGAUCAGUCCAAUGUGCGGCGAAUGCACACUGCUGUAAAACUGAAUGAAGUAAUCGUCAACAAGUCCCACGAUGCUCGAUUAGUACUGCUCAACAUGCCUGGGCCUCCUCGGAACAUAGACGGAGACGAGAACUACAUGGAGUUUCUCGAGGUGCUGACUGAAGGUUUGGAACGAGUGCUUUUGGUGAGAGGCGGAGGUCGGGAGGUCAUCACGAUCUACUCGUGACCAUUUAGUUGCUGCUGUGUCAAAGCUUCACAAUCUUCAGAAUGCAUUCCAACCCUGGACACGAGCGGUGUACACCUGACGGUUCUGAGCAGACACCUGAUACUGAAGAUAUUUUUUUUUUCAUGCCAGGCACACUUUUUUUUUACUUUUAUAGAAUACUGCACCACAUUAGUGCACAUGUACAUCUAUGAUUUUUGCUGUUCUUUACAAAUGAAAGCUGCUGUUGCAUAAAGCAGCAUUACUGUUCCCCACGCACAUCAAUAACUGUGUGUCAAAGUGCCCAAUUCAAAUUUGAUUAGUAUUUUUUUCUGUCUGUAGAUCAGAAGUACCUCCUCAGAUCAGACAAAACCACUUUAGUUAAAAAAAAAAUAAUAAUAAUAAAUAACUUUUUCACUGCAAAAAGUUACAUUUAGUGAUAUGGUUCGGUUCUCUGACCUCCCUGCUCCUCCACAUGCCUACAUGGAAAGGGAGAACAGCAGCAAAGACCCCAAGCAUGAGGAACAGAACAGGGCACGUAUCAAUGACAACAAAAUGACAAUGAGUGAACUGGACAACAGACAAAAACAGGAGGCGUUGGGGUGUGCCAAAUGAAAGUGUAUGAAUAAGCCGACUUAGCUGUCAGUUGAUUUGGGCUGAGCUUGACUUUGUGGCUUGUCUGAACUAACAUGAGAUAAAGAAAAAAAAAACAACAACACAUUUUUGUUCAACAGCCAUAAUAAUAUACCAGAUUCUAACCAUACAACAUCCCAUUUAUAGAAGAAACAAAUCAUAUUUAUUUAUUUAUUUGUUUGACAAUUUGCCAGUGAAUUAAUAAAGUCACUGUCAAUGGUGUAAAUGUAGAUGCAAUGAAUUAGCAAGUUUUAUAAGGGUUGUAAUUUAUGAUUUUUCUUUGAAAAUAUGUUUUGGAAAGGAAAAAACUGUAUGAACAGCUUUACAUGGUUCAAUUUAUACUCAGCAGAUGAGGUGAUGUCCCAGAUACACUGUUUGUAGACAAAGACAAACCAUUACAUUUUUCUGUGCACAUAUAAAAAGGGAUCUCCAAGAUGAAAUGAU